AUGUCAGGCCAAGCAGGUAAUGUACAGCUGCAGAACCUCACGCCAGCUUCUAUGCAGCAAUUGGCGGAUAGACUAAAAUCGUUAGUUAACGAAGCUAAGCGAAUUGGUGUAGAUACCAAGGAAGGGAAAGAGCUAUUGAGACAAGCGGCCCGUAUUAAGGCUUUGUACGAGGCUUACAGUAAACAGAGGCAGCAGCAGGCCCAAGCGCAGGCUGGAGCACAGGGAGCUGUAAAUAAUAAUGCCACGAAUGUUAAAUCCAUGGAUCAGCAGCAACAGCAGCAGCAACAGCAGCAGCAACAACAAGCUACCGCCAGUUCCAAUAAUGUGACGAAUAACAUAAAGGUCUUAUUAACUCCUCAACAGCGUGAAGCUUACAAUAGAUUGGUUCAAAAGUAUGAGGAUGACGGUCAGAAUAUCAAGGGAGAAUUCAACUUUUUGAAGAGAAAUAUUAGUGUUUUGGACCAAGAGAUCAGGAAUAGACGAGGUAACAGUCUAUCGGUGCAGCAAUUAGAGGUUAACAGGAAUGAAUUAUUAAUGAAAAUCAGGGCAUUGAGUGCCCAGUAUUCGACAUUACAACAGAAAUAUCAAGAGGACAGAAGAAAGUUUUACAUUGAGUGUUCUCAAACUAAUGCUGACUUAAGAAGAUAUCUACAAGCACAGCAACAAAAAGCUAAUGCUGCUAAGUCACAGGGUACAGUAGCUGCAAAUGCAGGUACACCGGGACCUCAGGCUGGUGUUUCUACUCCAGGAACCAACACCGGUACACCAAUUCCAACAAGUUUGAAUAAAGCUUCGAGUGGUAGUCCUCCAAAUGCUAUGGCGCAAAGACAAAAUAUACCAAUUCAAAAGACCGCUGCAACUACUGCAACUGCAACAAACGCAAACCCGAGCUCAGCAGCUGCCGCACCAAAUAACACAGCUUCUGACAAAUCGUCCCCAAUGCAGGUGACAACGGUGAAUGCAGCUGCAAAUCAAACAGCACAAAGCAAUACAAGACCACCAAUCUUCAAGCAACCAAACCCAUCGAUACCAAUAAGUGAAAAUGUCACCGCAUCCCCAACAGUUUCAGUGUCAUACAGAAGCAACAGACCUACGAUAACAGGCGGUAGUGGUAUGAACGCGCCAGCGCUAACUACACCUGUUAUGACCAAACUACCGCCAUAUGAGGUCGAUACUGAGCGUGUGAUGUCUAAAAGAAAGCUCCGUGAACUCGUCAAAACGGUGGGUAUAGACGAAGGUGAUGGUGAAACCACCAUUGAUGGUGAUGUGGAAGAGCUAUUACUCGAUCUAGCAGACGAUUUCAUUACUAAUGUUACGAAUUUCGCCUGUAAAUUGGCAAAACAUAGAAAAUCCGAUUCACUCGACGUAAGAGACAUCCAAAUGCAUCUGGAACGUAAUUGGAAUAUCAGAAUCCCAGGGUUUGCCAACGAUGAAAUCCGUAGCACCAAGAAAUGGAAUCCAACCCCUUCGUACAAUCAAAUGGUAAAUGCAAUCAAUAACAAUAAAACUGCACGUACACAUCCCGAAAAGAAGUGA